AUGAAUAAUAAUCAUUUUGAACUUAUUGGAGAUGACCAUUUUGUUAACUUUUUAAUGGAUUAGCAUUAGUAUUUAGUUUAAUAUAUCAUAAAGAUCAAAUUUUGCUUAUGUUAAUAGUAGCUCAUUCAUGUAAUGUUAAAAUUCAGAUGAUGAAGGUCCUAAUUAACAAGAGUUCUUUUCAUCAUGUUAACUACCUCAAUAAACCUAAGUUAAGAAACAAUAAAAAAAGAAGAAAUCAGAUGAUACAAUUUUGACAAGCAAAUAAAACUUAAAGAACACUUACAUAAACAAAAUUACAUCUCUAAUUUAAGAAUCUAAACCUACCAUGAAUCCUAAAUUUGAAAGGAAAGUCUCAACUAAUACUGAUGAUUCUAAUUAAGCUAAACUAAUUAGAAAUAGAGAAUGUGCUAGAAAUUCAAGAAAGAGAAAGAAAAUAUAUUUAGAAUUGUUGGAAAAUAGAGUAAACACAUUGAAAGAGGAAUUAGAAAAAUGUAAGAGGAUUAUUAAAGGACAUAGUAGUUGUAUGCAAUAAAUUGGAUCUAAUCCAUAAGUAAGUAUUUACAAUUAUAUUAGUUAUAAAACUUUUUUGUAGGUAGAUAACAAUUGUUUGACAAAUUGGAAUCUGCUGUGUAAAAUAAUUCUGAUAACAAUGACAUUAAUUUAUUACUUGACUCUAUGAGAUUUAGAGUUGGUGGAGGAGGUAAAGAAAGAGUUAAUGCUUCAAAUUACUUUUUAUAAUAAAUUAUGGAGAUCUCCUUUCCUAUACAUGUGAAAUAUUUAUUAUGGGCAUCAGGAUCCAAUCUAAUUGAACCAACUUGGUUAACUAAUUUAAGUCAAGAAAUAAAUAUAACAGAUUAAUAAAUGAAAUCUCUUAAAAAAUCUUAUAAGAGAAUCUAAUCAGAUAAGGAGAAAUUAGAAGAGUAAAAUAUUUAGUGUUAUUAUUCCAAGUAUCAUAAAGUAAUUGUAAACUGUCAAAGAGAAUCUCUAUCAAAAGACAAAUUCCUUAGAAAAUUUCAUUGAUGAAAUGAGAAGUAUACUCACUCCUACUUAAGUAGCUAAAUUUUUAUUGGGUUUGGAAAAAGUAAGAUAAUAAUUUAUAUUAUAAUAGAAUAAGUUUUAAAAGGAACUUAGUAUGUCAAAUUUAUGGAAAUAAUUUGAAGAUGAAUUUGAUAUAGAAAUCAAAUAGGAAGAAUGUUAAUUUGAUGAUACUGCGAUAAAGAAGGUUCACAUUUGA